GUAUAUGGCCACUGCCAUUGAUGGAGCGGCAGCGACAGCGCCUCAGCCACUACCAGCGCUGAAAUGAGAAACAUUAAGAAAAACGCUUUGGAAUGAAAUGAAAUGAAUGUUAGCUACGGCUUGGAAUUGUAUCGCAUAGAUUUCUGUUGUUUAGUUGUUGUGAGUAGGUUGCGGAUUUGAGCUCGUUGUUGUCGUUGCUCGCUGUCGGUAAUGUUGUGCUCUAAACCAUUCAAAUCUUAAGAUUAUUUUUUUGUUUUAACUGCAAUUGAAGCAUAAGAAAAAAAAAACUCAAAGUUCAGAACGGGUGCGGUUUUUAAAAAAAUUUUAUGGUGAAUGAAAUGAAACAAAAUGCUUGUAAGGCAAAAAAUGAAAUCCCAAUGAAUGGAAAUUAAAAAAAAAUACGACGAAAAUAAAAAAUGAAAACUUAAAGAAAAAACGCAAAUAAAAAUUCUAAACAAAAAAUAAUAACGAAUAGUGCUUUUCUGGUGUUGUUUUUUUUUUCUUCUAAAAAAUGAAGAAACUUUAUGCCAAAACCUCCUUUUCUUCGAAAAAUCGCAAGGCCUCGAAAAACGAAAAUGAUCUUGGGCCCAACUCCCCCAAUGAUAACUCUGACCUCAUUAAAUACCAUGAUCCCAUUUUGGCCUUUCAACCCUCAAAGCCUGCCACAGAUGGCCACAAAUACAAACCCAAACAUCCUUUUGGUGCCAAACUGCCUAACUUGGAACACUUGAGAAGUUCCCAGUUUCAUGCCAACAAUGAUCAUCAUUUAAAUGGCAAUACGGGAUCCAACUAUGAAGAGUCUCCCUAUUAUUAUACAAUAACGGAAUUGGAAAACCUACAUAUGCUGGAUCAUCGACACCCUCACUUUCAUCAUCAUCAACACAGAAUGCAGCAGCAACAAUUGCAUGCCUCAUCAACGUCAUCCUCAAUGGGGCCACACCACACCAAAGUCUAUCAUCAACACAAUCAAUUGGUUUUGCAACUUCCCAUUGUAAGUUCGACAACAUCGACGACGCCAACGAAUUCAUCUUCAUCAUUGUCCAAUGAUGCUGUCGAUGCCCCCAUGUCCCCCCAACAAAUGCGUCUAUCGUCACCGCCCAUCUAUGAAGCACCACAAAUGAAUUCAAAUUCAUUCUCAUCUUCAAUGCUGUCUCGGUCAUCUUCGAACUUGUCCUCCGCAGCGACACCCCCCUCACAGCCAACAUCUGCUACGCCACCCCCACAUCAUCAGCAAUUCUAUGGUGGUGGACCAUUCAACAACAAUAACAACUAUGAAUAUCAUUAUGAUCAACAGCAUCGCCACCAUCAAACUCCAGCUCGUCAGCAGCAACAGUUAUCAUUGUCCGGUUCGAUAACGUCGCCGCGCGAUAAUUUGUCGCCUAAAGCGGAUUUUAUGACCAACUCUAUAUCGCCAACAUUAUUAGCUGAACAAAGUAUUAUCGGAGCACGAGCCUCCGUCAUGGUUUACGAUGAUAACCAAAAGAAAUGGGUGCCUUCGGGGACCUCGUCUGGCCUCAGCAAGGUCCAAAUCUAUCAUCAUCAACAGAAUAACACAUUUCGUGUGGUGGGACGUAAGCUACAAGAUCAUGAGGUUGUCAUCAAUUGUUCCAUCUUAAAAGGACUGAAAUACAAUCAAGCCACUGCCACUUUUCAUCAAUGGCGCGAUUCCAAAUAUGUCUAUGGUCUCAAUUUCUCAAGUCAAAAUGAUGCUGAAGCCUUUGCUAGGGCCAUGAUGCAUGCAUUGGAGGUUCUUAGUGGUCGUGUUGCUAACAAUCCUGGCCAACCCACAAAUGGCAAUGGUUAUGAAGAGGAUAUGGGCUAUCGCACUAUGACCAGUGAAGAUGCUGCCAUACUACGGCAACAACAACAGAUAACCGGUCAGGUAACACCAUCGGCUCAGACACCCACUUCUCAAACAAAUCAAAAUAAUAUACCACAAAGCCCACCGACACCACAGCAGGGUCAUCAUCGUACCAGCAGGAAUUCCCUUAGUGCUCCACCAGCACCACAGCCACCACACAUGCAACAGCAGCAGCAACAGCAACAACAACAUUCAAUGUAUGGUCAUACAACUGGCGGUGGACCGACACAGAACGGCAUGCAACAACAUCCACAGCCGCCAAUGCAGCCACAACAACAACAACAGCAGAUACCACCAGGACCGGGUCAACAACAACAGCAGCAGCAAUAUCAUGCUCCAACACAGAUGCAACAACCGCCACAGCAGCAGCAACAGCAGCAUGGACUCUAUGCCACACAACAAAUGGUCAAUGCUGGCGGUUAUCAGCAGCAACCAAAUCAGUAUCAGCAACCUCACUAUGUCUUGUCGAAUUCUAAUCCAAAUCUUAAUGUGCAUCAAUAUCCGCAACAGCAGCCAAUCGGUGGAAUGAUACCUCAAGCACCCCAACCUCCCAUGCCGCCGCCACAUCAGAACGGCGGCGGUCCUCAUUAUGUGUCUUCGCAGCAACAAAUGGGUCCAGGCAUACCAAACUCACAGAGCGCCAAUGGCAUUUAUGGCGGUCAGCCACAAAUGGGUGGUAUACCCAUGCCACCGCAACCACCACAGCCACCGGCCAUGCCUAAUGGUCCGCCAGCGCCACCAAAUGCUUAUGGUCAAAUGAAUGGUGGUGGCCAGGUACAGCAGACAGCAGAGAAUCCCUAUGGUCAGGUGCCCGGGGCACCACCAAUGAUGCCAGUCAAUAGUAAUGCUCCCGUUGGCAAUGUACCUAUGCCACCGCCACUCAAUCGCAUGAGUAGUACUAGUGGUGGUGGUGGUCCAGGUGGAGCUCCCGUACCCGGGGCGCCAGCUCCCCCACCACCACCGGCAUUUGGCGGUGCUCCGCCCAUGUAUAAUGGAAAUGUGGGCGGUGGAGCCCCAGUGCCACCACCACCUCAGCCUCCUGCCCCUCCGGCUCCGCCAGCAAUGGGGGGUCCGGCAGCACCACCACCACCUCCGCCGCCUCCUGUGGGUGGAGGAGGCGGUGGUGCAGCGGCGAAAAAGGAUGAUCCUCAAGCAGAUCUAAUGGGCUCGCUGGCUGCCCAACUGCAGCAGGCCAAAUUGAAAAAGAAGUCUACCCCAGCAGCCACAGAGAACAGCGGUAGCAGCACACCCAGUGGUGGUAGUGGUAACUAUGGAACUAUCGGCCGCGGAGGCGGUGGCAGUGGAGGUGGCGGUGGCGGUAUGGCUUCCAUGAUGGAUGAAAUGGCCAAAACAUUAGCAAGGCGACGAGCCCAGGCUGAGAAGAAGGAGCCUGAACCGGAACCAGAAGUUAAACAACGACCUUGGGAAAAAUCCAAUACUUUACCCCAUAAAUUGGGUUCAUCAUCGUCAGCCAAUUCCAGCAAUUCAAAUGCAAACUCACACAAUACAUCGAAUAGUGGCAGUGAAUCACCUCGACCCAUGCGCAAACGUUUCGGCAGUGCAAGUGAAGAAACGAUACUAAAGGUCAAUGGAGAUGGUUUAUCUGUGGCGGCAUUAUCUGGUAGUGAUUUGGAACAAUUAAAGGCUGAAAUUGUUAGAGAAAUGAAAACCGAAAUACAAAAAGUAAAACAAGAAAUUAUAGAUGCUAUCAAAUCUGAGUUUAACCGAAGAUAAAAGAAUUAUCUUUAGUCAACAAGUAAAAUUUGGAUCUGAUAACUUAUUUUUAAAUAAUUAUAAUGGAAAAAAACAAAAACAAAUAUCUAACACAUAAGAAAAGCAUGUACUGGCUAAACCAAUAUUUUUUACUUCCCCUGCCUCCCCACAACACAAAAAAAGCGCAAAAGCGGCCACACUCUCCAAAGCAACACCAACAUAAAAUUGGGAGAUAUAAAGAACAACAUCAGCGGCGUGAUUUUAUAUAUAAAACUAAAUAAGAAAAAAAAAGAAUAUAAGAAAAGCAAAUAAAAACA